AUUCAAUACAAAAUUGCCCAAUGAAAUGAUGUCUUCAUGUGACGUCGUAAAUGUUAUGUUUCCAAAAAUAAUUAUUUACCAGAAACCUUUGCGAAAUUUACCCGCUUAUUUCAACUGAGAGAAAAAGAAUUAUCAAUGGCCCGUACAAAGCAGACUGCCCGUAAAUCCACUGGAGGUAAGGCUCCAAGAAAGCAGCUGGCAACCAAGGCUGCCAGAAAGAGUGCACCAUCAACCGGAGGUGUGAAGAAGCCCCAUCGUUAUCGCCCUGGUACUGUAGCUUUGAGAGAAAUCAGGAGAUACCAGAAGUCAACUGAAUUGCUCAUCAGGAAGCUCCCAUUCCAAAGAUUGGUCAGAGAAAUUGCACAGGACUUCAAGACAGAUCUGAGAUUCCAGAGUGCUGCUAUUGGUGCUCUUCAGGAGGCAAGUGAAGCUUACUUGGUUGGAUUGUUUGAAGAUACCAACUUGUGUGCAAUCCACGCAAAGAGAGUGACCAUCAUGCCUAAAGACAUUCAGCUGGCCAGACGAAUUCGUGGUGAACGUGCAUAAUGUGUGACCUCUCUGACUUGACAAAACUGACAUCCUCACUAGAAUUUUGUGAUAAACAUUUUGGAGUAGUUGUUUGGAACUAGUUUUCAAGAUCUCUGUACCAUCUGGCAUGAUCCUGCUUGAUCAAAAUUUGUUGAUCCAUUAAACGUCAUUGAUCAUACCAUUCUCAUCUGUCGAAAUUUUUAAAAUUUUAAGUGUACAAAUUCAGGGCAUGUAUAAUAUGAUUUUUAACUUUUAGAUACCAAUGUAAUGGUGUUUUGUAAUGUAUUAUUGUGUUGUCUGUCUGAUUUCAUUUUUUUUCUCUUAAUACGAAUCAAUAAUCAUGGCUAACAUUUAUUAAUUUUUUUUAUUCGUCUGAAAUGAUGUUACUUGGUAUAAAACAAAACACAUUCUUUUGACAAUUGCUAUUUUAUGUUGUAUUGAAAUAAAUUUUAAUUGUG